AUGGGCCAUGAUCAACCUAGAACUCGGACCAGAAGCGCGUCGACCGGAUCCCUCCCGGCGCUCGGUCGCCGGCUGAGCAGCGGGUCUAUCAAAGCAGUCAAAUGGAUUGGCAAGCAAUUCAAGAACAAGAAGCCCACCGACGACUCCGAUUCUGACGAGCUAUGGGGGACCUCCCGCGAGAUCCCGGCGACAGAAGCCGGCACACCAACCGGGGAGGGCGAUCAGCUUGUUGCACAAUCCACCUUGGAGCAUCGCGCCCGACGGGAGAUCCUAGAAAGGCACUGGCAAGAUUUCUACUCAUUUGACUGUAACGCCGUCAAGAUUGCAAACAAACCCAACCCAGCCGAAGGUAGCACCAGACCCUUGACUUCUCUGGCACGAGGUAGGAGGCGCCUAGUGUCCCAGCACUCAUCCAAUGGCCCUAAACACACCCUCGGUCAUUCAUUAAAUGCCUCUAUAGACUGCCUACCUCCACGGGUGCCCCACAGCGCUCUGAGAAUGCGCUCCAUGGAAAGAGAACAUGUCAUCUCCGCCCUACCUAGACCUAGGCCACCUCCCACCAGGCCUUUGCCUCCCCCACCCGUUGCCCUCUACUCCAUUCCUCCCACUCGCCCCCUCAAUAUUUCGCAAAAAUCUUCCUCCAGGUCGGAAACCCCUUCCCAGCUUUCUGAUGCUCCACCCCGAACAUCAGAUUAUGGUAAGAAUUCUCGUUGGACCAAGCUUUAUGACCAGUGA